AUGAGCAGGGCACUUUUAUCUAGGAACUCGUGUCUGCUGCGCGCUUAUGCCGUGUUGCACCAAGUAGAAGUACUAAGGCAGGAAAAUAUUCUUAGCCCACUGCCGUCUGAUAGCGAGGUGAGUUCCGCCAGCGGUAGCAGCGGCGCGUGUUCACCUGUGCUAACUGAAAUUAAAGCUGACAGCUCAGCCCACUUGUCGGCAUCUGCGGAUGGCGGUGGAGAAUUCAGUUGCAAUGGGGAUAGUGAAGCGCCUGUCGCGAGCAAGGAAGUAAGUGACGCCGUAAAGAAACUAAGCGAUGUCAACACAAAAGGAGAGGAAGUGAUGCCAGUGGAGGACGUUCCGUACAAAUGUAGCAUUCAACCACAGGAAGAUGCUGAGAAAAGACUCUCUCCGAGCUUGUACGCACGUACCAAAGUACAGGAGGGGAAAGUGAAUAACAACAACAUGAUGGGGUUCCACUCUCCAUGCGCGGUAUCCCCGAGAUCCCGCUCGGCUUCAGUCUCACCGGAGGGAGACAAGAAAGUCAAGGUGGGAAGGAAUGUCACUGCAGUGGCUGACAGGAUUCUACAGCGCUAUGGAAUUCGCAAAACUGACGAGUGUGCAAUGAGCGAUGAUAAUAAUGAUGGAAGCGCACUGCAGUCCAUGGAGUCUUCACCUUUACGCAGGGAAGAAGAGGAUAUACGCUCGUCGUUUGGGCCGCGGCAGAACUGUACGGCUUUAAAGGAAUUCAGCUGUAUCGAUCCUACAACAGCGAAAUCGACAGGAGCCCUAGUAAGUUCGUACACCGACUUACAAGAAUUCCAUAAGCGGAGCUUACAGAAGAAAGAAAAAGACGAGGAAGAUUCCCAUCGGGAGCGCCUUGACGAAAAAAAAAAGAUGCCGCCGAACGUCUCCCCGUUAGAAACCCAGACGUACGACGGUAGUGAGGACCAUGAAGACAGAUGUGCGACCACCGCCAACGCUGAUGUUGACGCCGAUGCUAACGGGGAUGGUGUACCAUUGAAGCCGUCACUGAUGACAUCCGCUACCGAAAUCCUCGCGUUAAACUCAAAGCGGCUGCAAGAGAAAUUGCGGAUGAUGAAAAGUAGUGCUGGAGGAAACACUACUCACUGCCACACAUGGUUUGCCGUCACAGCGCUUAUGAACACCGACGACGCCAUACAACACAUUGUCGUUCCCCUUCUUCUUGAGUUGUUGUUGCAGCAGGUUCCGGAAUCUCAACCUGCACCGGCAGACGACAACCCCGUUGUCGCAAGCAUUCUUUGUGCCCUCGCUGGCCUCGGGGAACGGGCGAUGUCUGCACUACCGACACUCUUGCGUUUAAUCCAUUUGCAGGUUAGCUGCUUGAAGCUUGUUGCACUCACUAUACGGGCUGUGGGUGGCGACAGGGGCAUGCGCGAACUUUGCACCCUCGCGCGCACCGGUUGCGAUGGCGGGGAAGCCGGUACCAGGGGCAACCCCGAUGUGUGGGCGGCGGUGGUUUACGGCAUCAGCGCAAUGGCACGGCCUCUCGUUGGAUACACCGCUGUCCACUGUUUACCCACCUUGGAGCACGACGAUAGCAGUAACAACCACGAGGCAAGUGGUGUUACCUUUUAUCAAAAGCCCAGUUGUGUAAAUUUUGAAAAGUAUUGUGGCGGCGAUCCCUUAAGGCAGGAGUUAGCUCCUCAGACUCAGCCAACAUACGUACCUACGCAUGUUGUGAUGGACGUUGAGCUAGCUCGGUGCAGACUGCAAGGGCUAAUUGCCUCAUCUCCGUUGCAACCCACUUCAAAUAGUUACUUACCGUUGUCCGUUAUUCUUCGGGAUUUCGUGCAGGUCGUAACCCUUCUGUGGAAUCAGCGAAUGCAGUGCCUGCUUCCAGAAACGGUAAGGUUGGAACUUCAACCCCGUGGAGAUGAAGUUGACCCUAGUUUGAACACGGCGGAGUAUCACCUGCCGUACUCAUAUGACCCGCACUAUAUUGGGCGUGAGGACGACCUAUUUGCGAUCGAAGAGACGCUCGUAACCCUACUUCUUGAGCGCUUCACUCCAACAGUUGUGUUGGAGCAGACGCUGCUUUCUCUUGCGUCGCUUCCUGCCUUCGCCACGACACACGUGGCGGCCCCCGUGCUCGACUUUUUGGAACAAUUCACGGAACGGUUUCUGAGGCAGCAACAAGAGUGUGCCGGCAAGGGGUUCGCUUACAUCAACCAGGAGGCUGUUGUUGUUGUGGGACUUGUUGCACUGGGUCGACUUGCUCGUAAUGCUAAAACACCGCAAGCAGUAGCCGAUGCAGCAUGCGAGUUGCUCCUGCAAAACAUUUCCUCCCCACAUUGGCGGGUGCGCGAUGCCGCAUGCGCAGGGUUGGGGGAGCUGGGUGUUACGACUAAUAGAGCAGACACAGUUAUACAAGUCGUUACCGAUUGUUUAAACGAUGCUGGAGUGAACCCAGAGACGGCCGCUUGGGCACUCUCUCGCAUGGGGGCACGGGGUGUUCGCAUUCUACUGGAUCGAGUUGUGACUCAACCGGGGGGUGCAACGGCUGAAGCUGACUCAUACGGCGUCGGUGAAACUGAGCCCCUGUCCGCGUCGACGCGGAUUGCUUGUGUACGCGCCCUUCCGAAGGCUGAGGUGUUGGCUAUGCCGUCAGGUGGAUCUGACAGAGUCCGGGGCCUUCGCGAAGAGGUUCUCAGGCAGCUUGGGGUUUUUAUAACUGUGAACAAUGGGGAAGAAAGCAUUGCGUUAGAAUGUGUUUAUGCCCUCGCUGAGCUUCUGCGAAUGAGUUGUGGCGACCCAGACAAGGUUGAUGUUUCACGGGGCGAGGAGGCGCUUGCCUGUUGCCUGACCUACGAGCCUAGCGAGACGUUUGACGUGUUCAAAACCCUGAUAGAGGCAACGGAUUUGCCAUGUUCGAUUCUGAAGGCCCUCUUCUUCUCACUUUGUGCUUUUGGUGGCCACCAUGGUGAAUUGUACACAUCACAAACGUCCGUUCAACAUCCCUCUGCUGCAUUCCGUUCUGCGGCAGUGUUUGGGCUACGAGCCUGCGGCGGGAGAGCUGUCCGGUCUAUUGCUCUCGCGCUCAACGAUGACUGCGCAGCUGUGCGACUGGAGGCAUUUGAGACAGUGGACGCCGUUGGUGUCACUGAAUUCAUGUCUGUUUUGCGAUUGCGGCCGCAAAGCCAUACGCGCCAGGUUGCUGCUGCUCUAAGGGACUCCCUGCUCCGAGAUGUUAGUCGCGGUGCGGAGAGGAAGACGGCACAUGAACUCUACGUGGCUCUCACGAGUGGAUGCGCCACGUCUUAA